AUGCAACAUGCAAGCGGUGGGGGUAUGGUCACCACACGUGCCAUGUCAUGUCCCCUGGCCCUGCUUUUUCAGGUGUCCAGAAAUCGUGCUGAAAUCGUGCUGGUCAACGGGGAGGACCUCACUCCCUACAGGGCAGCCAGCAAGAAGAUAUUUUCUGUCCUCUCUCGAUUUGGAACCCUUGAAAGGCUCGGAUUGGACGAGGCGUUUGUGGACCUAUCACCCAGAGUGGCCGCCAUGGUGGCAACAGGAAGCUUCAAGGAAGGCUUCCUUGGGCAUGUGGAGAGGGGUGCAGCAACAGGAGGAGGAGGAGCAGCAGCAAGUGAGAUCGACGAGGAAGGCGGACGAGGAGGGCAAGGAAAUGAGGAGAAUUGUCAUGAUCGUUGCCUGUUCACAUCUGCUUCGUGCCCCAUGCCUUCGCAGGCCCUCUCCCCAUCUACCCCUCCCGCCCUCCGCAUCUCGUCUCUCCUCCACCUCGCCUCCUCCCUCCUCUCCCGGGCCUUCCCUCCUCCUCCAUCAGCAACCAGAUCUGGUGCAGCUUCUAGUUGUUGUGAUGCCCGAGAUACCGCAUUUCAGUUCCUCCCAGUGCUGGUGAUCAACGUGGGUGCCACAAACUUCAUCUCCUCCUCCUCCUCCUCCUCCUCCUCCUCCUCCUUCACCUCCUCCUCCUUCUCCUCCGGAUUACAGCAGUCCGAGUGUGGACAGCGAGGUAGUGCUGCUGCUGCUGCUGCUGCUGCUGGUGGGGGCCUGCAACGGUGGCUCAAACCACACAGAAAAGACGGUGGGAAUGCUGGUGCGGAGGGCUUGCAGCAGUCUCUUGAACCAGGCAGAACAGACACGGGGAAUGCUGUGGGGAAUGCUGUGGGGAAUGCUGUGUUUGGGGAUCUGCAACAAGAGAUCAAAGCACACAGAACAGAGGUGCAGCAGAGUGCCGGGAGGUGUUGUGUGGAGAGCCAGUCCCCUGAGGUGUUACGACUGGGCAGUGCUGCUUCUGGGUGUAUCGAGAAAUGGUUGAAGCCACGAGGAGGGGAGAGCGCUGCUGCUGCUGCUGGAGGUAUAGAUCGGUGGUUGAAGGUACGACAUGUGGAUGCAGGGCCGAUGGUGCAGGGGGGAAUGAUGCAGAGAUAUGGGAGAGAGGAAGAUGAGAUCUUAAUACGGGAUGUGGUACCAGGAAGAGAGAGGGUGUGCUCUCAAGUGCUGCCGCCCGAGAAGGCGGCUGCUGCUGGGGGGUUGGAUUGGUGGGUGAAGCCACGACAUGUGGAUGCAGGGCCGAUGGUGCUGGUACCCGAGGGGGCUGCUGCUGCAGGUGAGGGGGAGAAUCCGAGGGAUGGUGAGGCUGAGAGGGUGAGGGAUGGCGAAGAGGAGAAAGACUCUGCUCAGGUGAUGCAUCGUGGGCGUGCUGCACAAGUGGUUCGAGACUUGAUGCCUGUUAAUGAGGGAGGAGGUGGUUCAUGUCAGCCUGCAGAUCUGGAUCUUUGUGCUGAGCGUGCAACUGAUCUUUGUGCUGUGUGGAGGUGUGACAAAUGUGGGAAGCAGAUUCAGGUGGAAGGGGUGGAGGAGCACCUGGACUAUCAUUUUGCCUUGAUGCUGGAGGCAGAGGAAAACGGCGACGCCAAGAGCUCAAAAUUAACUCUUUCCGGAGUUUCCCUCUUUCGGUCCGGACACGCAAGUCGAACCUCAGCCAUGGAUCAGAUGUUCGGAUGCCUCCAGGUGGACCAAUCAACGGUCGCGAUGGUCGAGCAUUUCGGGCGGUUCGUUCGCGCGCUCGACCCGGGCUGCUACUGCGUCCCCUGGUGCUGCUGCUACCGCACCGCGGGGCUCAUGAGUCUUCGCAUCAACCAACUCGACGUGCGCUGCGAGACUAAAACGAAGGACAACGUGUUUGUGACGGUCGUCGCGUCGAUUCAGUAUCAAGCCAUCCGCGAGCAAGUCGAAGACGCGUUCUACCGCCUCGCCGACCCGCAGGCGCAAAUCCGCUCAUACGUCUUCGACGUCGUGCGAAGCAGCGUACCCAAGAUGGACCUCGAUGAGGUGUUUACAUCCAAGAACGAAAUCGCGCAAAACGUGGAAAAGGAGCUCGAAAAGGCCAUGCACGACUAUGGCUACCGCAUCGUGCAGACGCUGAUAGUGGACGUGGAGCCGGACGAGCGAGUCAAGGUGGCCAUGAACGAGAUCAACGCAGCCCAGCGCAUUCGGCAGGCGACACAAGAGAAGGCUGAGGCGGAGAAGAUUCUGCAGGUCAAGAAGGCGGAGGGUGAUGCCGAGGCUAAGUACCUCGCUGGCGUUGGUGUGGCUCGGCAGCGACAGGCCAUUGUGGACGGGCUGCGGGAGAGCGUGAUGGGAUUUUCCUCGCAGGUUCCUGGAACCACUGCCAAGGAUGUGCUUGAUAUGGUGAUGCUGACUCAGUACUUCGACACAAUGAGGGACAUAGGAGCCAACAACAAGUCUUCCACUAUUUUUAUUCCACAUGGGCCAGGAAACGUGGGAGAUAUUUCUGCACAAAUCAGGGAUGGCCUCACUCAAAGCAUAGUGGCGUCUAAGAAUGUGUAG